UGGUAACACGUGCUGAAUGGACCGGCGAUUGCCCCAGUGCAUCCUGGGUAUUUCGUCAUAACCUUCUUCUGAAAACAUUUGCAGCUUUCUAGCUUGACAAAACUAUCACGUUUCGGAAAUAAUUAUUUAAAAUGAUCAAAACCUCAUAAAUGACAGAGUGAGGCGAUAACAGGAGUUUACGAAAAGCCGUUUCUUUCAUUCGUAGUGCUGUGUUGAUAUGUAGCUUAGCAUCAGAGCUAAUAGUUUAGCUUACUGGUUUUAUUUAUUAUUAAAGCCACUUGGACUUACACAAGAGUGGAAGACUCAUCUCUUCUGAAUCUAACUGAUAUGUCACAGAAAAUGCACAUUUAUUAACAGGGUCUUGGCCUUGUCGAUUUAAAAUGGAGGCAUGUGUGAGGUUUUUAUAUCGUGAAGGUCCUCGGAUAGUCUUUAGGAAAUGUUGGACCCCUGGAGUACUGAAGGUUUCGAGAUCACCUCUGUGUCGUCCUCUAUGUGCUGUGUGGACAUGCAGACAUGCUCCUGUAGACACAACACGACUAACACACGCAUCCAGCCACAGCACUCUUCUGUGUCGUGGAAAUGUUACAGACUCUUCACAUACAGCUUUGUCAAGUGUAGCCCCUGUCUUUAUAGUGAUGAAAUUUGAUCCUGAGGGGAAUGUCACUUCAUUUGAGAAAAAAAAAACAGAGCUUUAUCAGGAACUUAAGUUGCAGGCAAGAGACCUGAGAUUCCAACAUCUCACAAGUAUCACAUCAAGAAAUAACACAAUCAUCAUUCGCAUGGAGUCCCUAAAAGCAGUAGUAACUCCAGAGUGCCUCUUGGUGUUGGAUUUCCGGGGUCUUGGUCUGGAGAAGUGGCUGGUUUUGGAGCUCGGGCCACAGUUAGCAGGAGAUGGUGCUCUGGCUACUUAUUCGCUACCUUUCGAGUUUCGAGCCUUGGAGGCAAUUCUGCAGCACAGGAUAAACACCCUCCAGGCAAGGCUAAAUGAGGUUCAGCCCCAGAUUUUAGAUUGCCUCGAGUCAUUAGUGGAUCCCAAGCUUCUCUCUGCAGACCGCAGUAAACUACACAUGCUUCUCCUCAACAGUAAGAGUCUCUCUGAACUCGAGACUGACAUUAAAGUAUUUAAGGAUAGCCUGCUUAAAAUUCUGGAUGAGGAUGAGCUAAUCGAGGAACUGUGUCUCACUAAAUGGACUGAUCCCCGUGUGUUUGAGGAGAGCAGUUUAGGCCUAGAUCAUGCGCAUGAGAUGGAGUUACUCCUGGAAAACUAUUUCAUGCAGGCAGAAGAGCUAGGAAACAAAGCUCGAGAGCUAAAGGGGCUCAUUGACGACUCUGAGAGUGUCAUCUUCAUCAACUUGGACAGUCAUCGAAAUGUGAUGAUGCGCCUGAAUCUCCAGCUCACCAUGGGAACCUUCUCCCUUUCCUUAUUUGGUCUGAUGGGAGUGGCCUUUGGCAUGAAUCUGAUGUCUUCAUUUGAAGAGGAUCCACGAGCAUUCUGGUUAGUGACAGGAGUCAUGUUCUUAGGCAGUGGGCUCAUAUGGAGACGACUGCUUUCUUUCCUGGGACGACAUUUGGAGCCCAGCUCUCCUCCUCCAAUCCCACCUGUUUGGAGGAAAAGCCAACUCAGCACCUUAAAAGGGACAGAUCUAAAGCCUGGAGUUAGAUGAUAGUGUGACAUCCCUUGUUGUUCUCUCUGUUUUUCUGUGUUCAGUAAAUCUAUUGUAAACUGAGAUUAUAUUGUGCUUUUAAUUGCAAUGAAUAGUUUUCACUUAAAAAGCAACAAGCCACAGAAUUUACACAUGUUCCCAUUAUAAAAGUGUCUUUUACAUCUUUUGCACUAAAGACAGAAAGCAGUCUGAUUUUUACUCACUAUAUUUGUAACCAGGAAUUUUAACAUAUUGGGUUAAAUGUGAUGUUAUGAACUCACUGUCUAUAUCUCUUAGUGGUUUUAAGUUGUGUUGAUCUUUAUUAGGUUAGCACAUAAAUAUCUAUGUUACUGGUCCAUAUGCUUAAAAUAAUGUUGAUGGGUACAUAACUUAAAAUAAAAAGUUUCAAUAUAA